GCUCCAGUGAACCGGAAAAGGAAGAGCCUAUAGGGAUUCGACCAAGGCUGGUUUGCUUUCUAUGGAUCGGAUGAGGAGAGCAGGUGAGUUGUGGCAAUUUCAGGAAGAAGAGGAGAUGGAGUUCGACUGGAGGAAGGCCAAGGUAGGGAGAAGUUCUCUCUCUCUCUCUCUCUCUCUUGAAUGGACUAGUGGUCGGGCAAGGCGUCGGGGUUAUAGGGGUUUGCGAGCUGGACAGGGCUUCGGCUACAGUAGGGUCGUUGGUAAGAGGUUGAAGGUGAGUGGUGGGAGGUUGAGGAGAUAGGUGUUGGCACAGUGACUGGAGGAACUCGGUUGGGGGAAGAAGAGAGGCUAGGUGUUUGUAUGCUUGGAAGAGGCGAGAAUUUUCGGAGAGCUUGCGAUGGGGAAGAAGCGAAGUAGAAGAAGAGCCGGGCUGGAGCUUGUGCGUGUAGGAAGACGCGAGCCAGAGGCCUUCAUUUCUCGUUUUAUUGACAUGGGAAGGAACUCGAUAGGAAUGGGGCUUAUGCGACCUGCAGCGGCGUCGUUUUACAGAGUAUGGGCGAUUGUAGCAAAGCAGGAUUUGCGGUUGUUUCAUGUAAGAUAUCCGGUGCAGGUUGUCUUACAAUUCAUAUAUUUAGCUAUCGGCACUGGUGUGGCAUCAUUUCUACAGGUGUCAUGUUGGAUUGUGACCGGAGAAAGGCAAGCUGCACGUAUACGUAGUUUGUACCUAAAGACCAUUUUAAGACAGGAUAUAGCAUUUUUUGAUAAGGAAACAAACACUGGCGAAGUGAUAGGGAGGAUGUCCGGUGACACAAUACUCAUUCAAGAUGCCAUGGGUGAAAAGGUUGGGAAAUUUAUACAACUUGUGUCGACAUUCCUUGGGGGCUUUGUCAUAGCAUUUGUCAAAGGGUGGCUUUUGGCGCUGGUGUUGCUGUGUAGUGUUCCUUUCAUUGUAAUGGCUGGCGCAGCAUUGUCCUUAAUAAUAUCAAAAUUGUCAGCUCGUGGACAGUCAGCAUAUGCUGAAGCAGGAUCUGUUGUGGAGCAAACAGUGGGAUCCAUUAGGACAAUUGCGUCGUUCUCUGGGGAGAGGCAAGCCAUCCAGAAGUAUAAUAAAUUCAUUUGUAAUGCCUACAAAUCAGCUGUUCACCAAGGAACUGCAGCUGGACUUGGUAUUGGCAGUGUUAUUAUGCUUGUUUUUUGCAGCUAUGCCUUAGCUGUCUGGUAUGGUGCUAAACUGGUCCUUACUAAAGGCUACAACGGAGGGCAAGUCAUCAAUGUUAUGCUGGCUGUUAUGACAGGUGCAACAUCCUUAGGUCAGGCAUCCCCCAGUGUAAGUGCAUUUGCAGCAGGACAAGCUGCUGCAUACAAGAUGUUUAUGACAAUCCAUCGGAAACCAGAGAUUGAUUCAUAUAACAACAAUGGCAUUGUGUUGGAAAACAUCAAGGGCGACAUAGAACUGAAGGAUAUUUACUUCAGCUACCCAGCCAGGCCUGAUCAUUUGAUAUUUAAUGGCUUUUCUUUGCAUGUGCCAAGUGGUACAACCAUGGCUCUUGUUGGUGAGAGUGGUAGUGGUAAGUCAACAGUGAUUAGUCUUGUUGAGAGGUUUUAUGAUCCCCAAGCUGGUGCAGUAUUGAUAGAUGGUAUCAACCUGAAGAAGUUCAAACUAAGGUGGAUAAGGGAAAAGAUUGGACUUGUCAGCCAAGAACCUGUUCUUUUUACAACCACUAUCAAUGAAAACAUUUCUUAUGGAAAGGAAGGUGCUCGUGCUGCAGAAAUUAGGAAAGCAAUUGAGCUUGCUAAUGCUUCAAAGUUCAUAGACGAAUUGCCUAAUGGUCUCGAGACAAUGGUUGGGGAGCACGGUACUAAGCUAUCUGGUGGACAAAAACAGAGAAUUGCAAUAGCUAGAGCAAUUCUGAAGGAUCCUAGAAUCUUACUUUUGGAUGAGGCAACCAGUGCAUUGGAUGCAGAAUCUGAGAGAGUUGUUCAAGAUGCUCUGGUAAAUAUCAUGGUUGACCGAACCACCAUCAUUGUUGCCCAUCGGUUGAUUACAGUAAGGAAUGCUGACACCAUAUCAGUUGUUCAGAGAGGAAAGCUUGUUGAGCAAGGUUCUCACUCUGAAUUGAUUGAGAAUCAUGAUGGGGCUUAUUCCCAGCUUGUACGACUGCAGGAACUAAACAAAGAAUCAGAGUUAGCAUUUCCAGAGAGCUUAGCUGAAACAGGGCUAAGCAGUGAUGCUUUUAUUUCUUUAAAAGCAUCAGGAAGUCUUGCUUUUUCCCAAACGAGAUCAAUCUCACGCGGCUCUUCGUAUGGAGGAUGCAGUCAGUUUUCAUUUAGACACUCUUUUGGAUUGCCUGGUGUCGUUGAGACUGAAUUAAACAACACAGAAGCAUGCGAUGACUGGAACGAAGAUUGUGGCAAUACCAAGGGGAGGAAGGAGGUUUCUAUCAUGCGGAUUGCUUACCUGAACAAGCCCGAGAUCCCAGCUCUUCUUGUAGGAUCCAUUGGUGCUGCUUUCCAUGGAGUCAUCUUUCCUGUCUUUGGAAUUUUAAUGUCUAGUUCAAUCAAGACAUUCUAUGAACCACCACAUCAACUCCGAAAGGAUUCCAGGUUUUGGGCCCUGAUGCAUGUAUUAUUAGGUCUCUUUUCAUUCCUUUUCGUGCCAGUACAAUAUUACUGGUUUGGAGUUGCCGGUGGGAAGCUCAUAGAACGCAUCCGUUCACUAUCAUUUGAAAAGGUGGUGCGCCAAGAUAUCAGCUGGUUUGACGAACCUGCAAAUACUAGUGGGGCAAUAGGUGCAAGGCUAUCUUCAGACGCUGCAUCUGUGAAAAGCCUCGUUGGUGACACUUUAGCUUUGGUAGUUCAGAACUUAGCCACGGUUACAGCAGGGUUAGUUAUAGCGUUCGUUGCAAAUUGGAAGCUAACACUUGUAAUCUUGGUAAUUGUACCUCUGGUUGGGCUGCAGGGUUAUGCGCAGAUGAAAUUCCUUCAUGGAUUUAGUGCUGAUGCCAAGAUUAUGUAUGAAGAAGCAAGUCAAGUGGCAAGUGAUGCAGUCACUAGCAUCCGUACUGUGGCUUCCUUUUGUGCAGAGGGAAAGGUAAUGAAUGCUUAUCAAAGGAAAUGUAAAAAUCCGGAGACACAAGGAAUUCGGCAGGGACUAAUAAGUGGAAUUGGCUAUGGAUUCUCAUUUUUCAUGCUGUAUUGUACAUAUGCUCUAUGUUUCUACGUUGGAGCUCGUUUUUUACAUAAUGGAAGUGCAACAUUUACCGAUGUUUUCAGGGUGUUCUUUGCUCUGACAAUGGCAGCUAAUUCAGUUUCACAAUCAAGUGCACUCGCGCCUGAUGCUACAAAAGCCAAAGACUCAGCUGCUUCUAUAUUUGAAAUUCUUGAUCGGAAAUCCAAGAUUGAUGCGAGUAUUGAUGACGGUUUAAUGCCGGCUGAAGUUAUGGGGGAAAUUGAAUUCCAGCACGUUACCUUCAAGUACCCAACGCGUCCACAAGCGCAGAUCUUUAAAGAUCUGUGCUUAAGAAUGCCUUCUGGAAAGACAGUUGCGCUUGUUGGUGAGAGUGGCAGUGGAAAGUCUACAGUGAUCUCUCUCAUUGAGCGAUUCUACGAUCCUGAUUCAGGUACCAUUCUCAUUGAUGGGGUUGAGAUACAGAAGUUAAAAAUCAGCUGGCUCAGGCAACAAAUGGGAUUGGUAAGCCAAGAGCCUGUGAUGUUCAGCGGCACAAUACGUUCCAACAUAGCCUAUGGCAGGCAAGGCGAUGUAUCUGAGGAUGAGAUCAUCGCCGCCGCUGAGGCAGCGAACGGCCACCAAUUUAUUUCAUCGCUUCCUCAGGGCUACGAUACGAAUGUUGGGGAGCGAGGUGUUCAGCUCUCAGGCGGGCAGAAGCAACGCAUUGCCAUUGCGAGGGCUAUGAUCAGAAACCCUAAGAUUCUUCUACUAGAUGAGGCCACCAGUGCAUUGGAUGCAGAGUCAGAACGAGUAGUGCAGGAAGCACUCGACCGUGUGAUGGUCGGCAGGACGACUAUAAGCAUUGCCCAUCGCUUAUCCACAAUUCAAGGUGCAGAUAUUAUUGCUGUGGUCAAGAAUGGCGUUAUUUCCGAGCAAGGGCGGCAUGAGACACUCAUGAACAUACCAAAUGGUGAUUAUGCUUCACUUGUUUCUCUUCAUAUGGCAUCCUAGUCACAUCAAGUAAUCUUCAGUUCUCAACAGUUUUCAGCUACUCUUCAAUCCCAUUUUUUCCUUUUCUUGUAGAUCAUUGAAAUGAUUUAUUUGUCGCGAGAAUAUUUCAUUAAUUUUGUUUUAGUAAAACUUGAGACUAGUCCAUGUUAUUAAUUAAAAGAAGGAUUACGACGGUUUCUAGGAGAAAUCCUAUUCUGGGUU